AUGCAGAAUUACAGUUCUACUAGUUUUCUGACAUUUCUACAGUACAUUUCAGAGAGAGAGAAAAUGUCCCCUGGACAACAUACUUGCUGCGACAAACAAAAAGUUAAGAGAGGGUUGUGGUCACCUGAGGAAGAUGAGAAACUCACAAGGCAUAAAUCUGCCUACGGCCAUGGCUGUUGGAGUGCAGUUCCUAGACUUGCAGGGUUGCAGAGAUGCGGCAAGAGUUGCAGGCUAAGAUGGAUGAAUUACUUGAGGCCGGAUCUGAAAAGAGGAAGUUUUUCUCCAGAAGAAGCUGCUCUCAUAAUUGAUCUCCACAAUAUUCUUGGCAAUAAGUGGGCUCAGAUAGCGAAGCAUCUUCCUGGAAGAACAGAUGAUGAAGUCAAAAACUUCUGGAAUUCAAGCAUCAAGAAGAAACUCAUGGCAACGAAUCUUUCUCAUUCGACCAGGAGCAAUUUUCAAGGCUUGAGCUCAAUCAAUUUUAACUCUUCUCUGAUCCCAACUGCACAAAUGGAUCAAGUCUACAUCCCUCCUGCAGCCCCAAAUAAUCCAGCGCCACAAGGGUUUGGUCAGGUGAAUUUCAAUGCUUAUUUAAUCCCAGCGCAGACUCCUUCUCCCAUAUCAUCUAUGGAUUCAUCUGCAUAUAAUCUGCCUCCACCGGCAUGA